GUAGAUGUCUUCAUGGAAGAAUGUACUAUUGAAAAUAAAUAAACGAAACCCUGCUUUGUGUACAGAGGAAUAUUGCCAAGGCGUUUCACAAACUUGAAACAGCAUCUCAGUAAAUAAACCCUCAUGGACACGGCUUUGCUGUUGGAGAGGCAGGAGAGAGAGGCAGAGUCCUCUCAGACGUUGAGUGACCACACAUCAGCCACCCAGCUGCUGAGGCUGCAAGUGGAAGACCUGCAGAAGAGACUGCAGGAGAAAGACCACAAACUCUCAGAGGCACAACAGGCUUUGCUGUUGGAGACGCAGGAGAGAGAGGCAGAGUCCUCUCAGACGUUGAGUGACCACACAUCAGCCACCCAGCUGCUGAGGCUGCAAGUGGAAGACCUGCAGAAGAGACUGCAGGAGAAAGACCACAAACUCUCAGAGGCACAACAGGCUUUGCUGUUGGAGACGCAGGAGAGAGAGGCAGAGUCCUCUCAGACGUUGAGUGACCACACAUCAGCCACCCAGCUGCUGAGGCUGCAAGUGGAAGACCUGCAGAAGAGAUUGCAGGAGAAAGAGGACAAACUCUCAGAAGCCCAACAGGUUAUCAGAGGUUUACGAGAUGAGAUUCUUGUUCUUCAGAGGCAGCUGAAGGCUGAGAGGAGGAAGUCCCAGGAUGCAGUGCAAAAACCAGCCAGGAAACCACACAAGGUCCAACUCAAAAGAGUUAAUAAGGAUGCAGUGCAACAGCCAGCCAGGAAAUCCCGAAAGAUCAGUCUGUACAGUUCCCCUUCCUCAGAGCACGUCCACACUGCCCUCUCAGAUUCCCUCCACAACGAUGCCACAUCAGCACGGAAAAGGCUUUCGCUGAGGUCAUCAGUUAGACUGGAGGACUGGGGACCCAAACUCGACACAGAUGGAGUGUUUUUGAUUCCACCAGUGGAGCAGGAUGAUGAUGACGAUGAUGAUGACGACAUUGAUGACAUCGAUGAUGAUGAUGAUGAUUAUGAUGAUGAUUACAUCCCUGAGAAAGCUGACGGCGUUGAUGACAUUCAUGAUGACACCCCUGACCAGAUGGUGUUGGACGAGCAACCAGUGGCGUCUACUUACGAAAUUGUUGAGGCUGGGACAAAGAGAGGACGUCCGCAGCUUGUAGACAACCUGGGCUACUGCUUUAGUGUUCGCCAUAUUGCACCCAGUGGCGCUGUAACCUGGAGAUGUACUGUACGUCCCGUAGGCGCACCAUGCAAAGCCAUUGUGGUUCAGCGUCAUGGUGUGUUCAAAGCAGGCGGCUACCAGCACAACCAUGGACCCAAUCUCGGCGCUGCCACUGCGGCCAAAGUCGUUGCUCGAGUGAAGAGAGAGGCUCUGAGUGACUUAUCUAAGCCGGCAUCAGCCAUCGUUAAAGAGGUGUUACUGCAGGAACUAGAUGGUGAUACGCCUUGCAUAGCACUGAAGCGGGAGCACUUGAUGGUGAAAGCAAAUCGCCACCGGAAGAAGAUGAGACCCGACGAAUGGCGCGAUCAUAGUGUACGGAGCACUGCAAGCAUGGAGGAGUCCCGAGAAGAACAGCCAGUGGAAGAGAUGGUGGCGGAGGGGCAGCCAGUGUCGUCUUCUUACGAAGUUGUUGAGGCUGGCACAAAGAGAGGACGUCCGCAGCUUGUAGACAACCUGGGCUACUGCUUUAGUGUUCGCCAUAUUGCACCCAGCGGCGCUGUAACCUGGAGAUGUACCGUACGUCCCGUAGGCGCACCAUGCAAAGCCAUUGUGGUUCAGCGUCAUGGUGUGUUUAAAGCGGGCGGCCACCCGCACAAUCACGCACCCAAUCUCGGCGCUGCCACAGCUUCCAAAGUCGUUGCCCGAGUGAAGAGAGAGGUGGCGCUAGACUUAUCUAAGCCGGCAUCAGCCAUCGUUCAAGGGGUAUUUCUGCAGGAACUAGAUAGUGAUUCACCUUGUCUAGCACUCUCCAAGCCAGAGCACUUGGUAGUGAAAGCAAAUCGCUACCGAAAGAAGAUGAGACCCGACGAACAGCGCGGACAUAAUGCACAGAGCACUGCAACCAUGGAUGAGUCCCCAGAGGAACAGCAAGUGGGAGAGAUGGUGGUGGAGGGGCAGCCAGUGGCGCCUACUUACGAAGUUGUCGAGGCUGGCACAAAGAGAGGACGUCCGCAGCUGAUAGACAAUCUAGGCUACUGCUUUAGUAAUUGCAAAAGUGCACCCAGCGGUGCGGUAAAAUGGAGAUGUACUAUCCGUCCGAAAGAUGCACCAUGUAAAGCCAUUGUAGUGCAGCAUGAUGGUGUAUUUAAAGCAGGCCGCCACCAGCACAACCAUGCACCCAACACCGGCGCUGCCACAGCAGCCAAAGUCGUCGCCCGUGUGAAGAGAGAAGCUUUGAGUGACUUAUCUAAGCCGGCAUCGGAUAUCGUUCAAGAGGUGUUGCGCCAGGAACUUGAUGGUGAUAGGCCUACGCCUUGCAUAGCACUGAAGCGGGAGCUCUUGAUGCUGAAAGCAAAUCGCUACCGUAAGAAGAUGAGACUCGACGAACAGCCUAGAGAAAGUCUUCAGAGCACUUCGGCCAUGGAGGAGUCCCUAGAAGAACAGUGGCAGCUAGUGGAAGAGAUGUUGGAUGGGCAGCCAGCGUCGUCUACUUACAAAGUUGUGGAGGAUGGAACAAAGAGAGGACGUCCGCAGCUGAUAGACAACCUGGGCUACUGCUUUGGCUUCCAUAGCACACCCCGCGGCUCUGUACAAUGGAGAUGCACUGCUCGUCCCGUAGGCGCACCGUGCGGAGCCACAGUGGUGCAGGGUCAUGGUGGUUUUAAAGCAGGCCGCCACCAACACAACCAUGCACCCAAUCUCGGCGCUGCCACAGCAGCCAAAGUCAAUGCCCGGCUGAAGAGAGAGGCGGUAAACCAUCAAAAUCAGCAAAGGGAUCAAAUACUUCUUGGACUCACUGUAGAUGGUGACACUCCUUGCCCAGCGCUGGCCAAGCCGGUUGUGUUGGCUUUGCUGUUGGAGACGCAGGAGAGAGAGGCAGAGUCCUCUCAGACGUUGAGUGACCACAUAUCAGCCACAGAGCUGCUGAGGCUGCAAGUGGAAGACCUGCAGAAGAGACUGCAGGAGAAAGACCACAAACUCUCAGAGGCACAACAGGUUAUCAGAGGUUUACGAGAUGAGAUCCUGGAUCUCCAGAGGCAGCUGGAGGCUGAGAGGAGGAAGUCCCAGGAUGCAGUGCAACAGCCAGCCAGGAAACCACACAAGGUCCAACUCAAAAGAGUUUAUAAGAUCAGUCAGCCCAGUUCCCCCUCCUCAAAGAACCAACACAGUGGCCUCACAGAUUCCCUCAACAACGAUGCAACACCAGCACGGAAAAGGCUUUCGUUAGGAUCAUCAGUUAGACUGGAGGACUGGGGACCCAAACUCAACCCAGAUGGAGUGCUUUUGUUUCCACCAGCGGAGCAUGACGAUGAUGACGAUGACGAUGGUGACAUCAACAAUGAUAAUGAUUACAUCCCUGAUGAAGCUGAUGACAUCAACAAUGGUGAUGAUUACACUGUUGACCGUCAGAGGACACAGAAAAAGCCACGGUCAACUCCUAGACUACCGAAGCAGAAAGAAAAGUACAAAGAAGCACAAGCACAAAGCACAAAGAGGACGUCCAGAAAAGCCAGAGUUCAUGAAUGCAGCACUUGUGGGAAGCGGUUUGCACAACCAUGUCUCGUCCGCCGUCAUGAACGGAUACAUACUAAUGAGAAACCAUAUCCUUGCGGACUUUGUGGAAAAUCCUUCGGUCAGGAACAUUACGUUACGAUGCACUUUAAGAGGUGCCAUGACGAUGAAGAGAGAUCCGUCGUAAAAGAGAAACACCAUCAAUGUCAGGAAUGCGGGAAAAUGUUUUCCUCAAGUAGCAACCUGAAAGUUCAUCAGCAGACGCACACUGGAGAAAAACCAUUUUCCUGUAAACUGUGUGACAAAAGUUAUUUCAGCCUUUCAGCGCUGCGAAACCAUGAAAACGCCCACGCUGAUGUCAGACCCUUCAUGUGUUCUGAGUGUGGGCAGGGGUUUACCUCAUCUUCGAGUCUAACGAUACACAGGCGCAAGCAUUCAGGUGAGAGGCCGUAUCAGUGCUCCCAGUGUCCUAAGGCGUUCCCCUCCUCCAGCCAGCUGCAUGCACACGUCAAGACCCACUCUGGUGAAAAGACAUUCGCCUGUCUGGACUGUGGACUGACCUUCCUUAGGGCGUCAAGCCUCAGCAGGCACAAGAUCACGCACACUGGGGUCAGGCGUCAUCUCUGCCCAAUUUGUGGAAAGUCCUUUGGUCAAGCUGGCGUCCUCAAGACACACCUGCGUGUUCACACCGGAGAGAAACCUCACUGUUGCACCAUCUGUGGUGAGACAUUCAGCUAUGUACAGAUGCUCCAGACCCACCAGAAACGAACACAUUGUGGAAGAGAACGAGAAGAGCAGGCAUCCAGAGAGCAAGAUGAGAACUCGACCGCAGGAACCUGAAUAACUCAGAACACCAGACAUGUCAUCAGCGAUGGCAUUCUCCAUCUGCAAUCGACAUCACUGAACACUCCCUUCAAAUGGCCAAACCUUUGGACCUGUCUGAUGUCAAUGACUGAUUUUUUUUUUUUAAUGUAUUUUAUAUGGACUUUUUCGCCUUUAUUUGAGAUAGGGCAGUGAAAAGUGACAGGAAGCAAAGGUGGAGAUAGAGAUGGGGUAGGGGUGGCAAAUGAUCCAGGCCGGAUUCGAACCCUAGGUGCAACCCUUGGGCAUGCAAGCACAAAUUUGGGGGGCUUAGCGUAUUGCACGUCAAUGGCUGAAUUUGAAGGACCAGUCCACCAUGUUUCCAUUGUGAAGUACGUUUUUCUCUGGUCUGAGAUGAGUCCAUGCAUACUUUUUUGGCCUUUGUUCGUGCCUGCAAUCAGUAAUCAUUACUUGAUCAUUUAACAGGUUGGUGGGGGGAGUAAUCAACCAGUGCUCUCCCCCAUCCUCCUCCAUGACUGAGGUACCCUGAGCAUGGUACCGUCCCACCGCACUGCUCCCCAUGGGGCGCCACUGAGGGCUGCCCCCUUGCACGGGUGAGGCAUAAAUGCAAUUUCGUUGCGUGCAGUGUGCAGUGUUCACUUGUGUGCUGUGGAGUGCUGGGAGUUGGAGUUUCCCAAUGGGCUUUCACUUUCACUUUCACUAACAAACUCAGCAUGGCAUUAGCGCCAUUCUGAGAGAAAGUAAAUGGGUCAGAUGGGGGCUGAAGUCUUCGGCGUUGUGUGACGAUUAGGGUCGAACCAGGGGGUGGUCAAGAUGGGGUCAUUUUCAAAACCAAGAAAGCGAGGAUGAACAAUUUUCGAUCCAAAACAACUGCAGCUUGUUACGUAGUGAAGCAUUACAUUACAAUUACAUUGCAGUUACAUAACAUUUUAUUUAACUGACGCUUUUAUCCAAAGCGACUUUGCAGUACAUUUAUUAACAGGGUAUUGGUUACAGUCUCUGGAGCAGUUUGGGGUUAGGUGCCUUGCUCUGCUGGCACUGCUCUAAACCUGACCUAAAGCCCAUCUCCUUAGCCACUAGGCCACAGGCCCCUGUGCCAGACAACAAGAAAGGCCCAAGUGGGUCCCAAGACUAUUCCACUUAAGCACCACUGCUUUAGUGCUUUUCAUGUUUUUGUCUGCCUUUGUUGUCCUGAUGUCAAAUUGUCUGCGUUGCAUCAUGGUGUCCUCAGGUCCUUUCUAUUCAGGCCAACUCGUCAGCACUUUGGUCAGCUGCAGUAGGCCUAUU